GAAAAAUAAGUUUCUUCUAACCUCGUUAAAAUUUAAAUUACCUUUGAAGUUUUGAAAAUGUAUAAUUCUUAGUUUUUUAAUUUGUACAACUCUAAGAUGAAUAAAUAAAACUAAAUUAAUUCUCAAAAUGUCAACUUCAGAUCCACUUAUAUGCCUUCCGGGCCAACGACUAUGUCUUUCUGACAAAACCUACACUUCUGGACAAGGAACGUACGAGAGACAAGGUUACAUUUAUUCCCAGCUCGCGGGGUAUGUAGAUAUAGUUGAUAAAGACAGUGUAAAAGUAGUAGAAGUACAUACGAGUGGAGAAAAAACCGUAAUUCCAGCACAAGGUGACAUUGUAACAGCUAAAGUUUCGGUAAUUACCCAACAAUAUGCCAAAUGUUUUAUUACAUCUGUUGGUGAUACUGUGUUACGACGACCAUUUAGGGCUGUUCUUCGCACAGAAGAUAUUCGAGCAACAGAGAAAGACAAAGUUGAAGUUUAUAAAAGCGUACGACCUGGUGAUAUAAUUUUAGCAAGAGUGUUACCUAUCACGGAGGCCCACAACUACCAAUUAUCAACAGCAGAAAAUGAACUAGGCGUUGUCAUAGCACAUUCUGAACAUGGACAUCCUAUGGUGCCAAUCAGUUGGACAGAGAUGCAGUGUACAAAGACAUUUGUAAAGGAGCCUCGCAAAGUAGCUAAGGUUGUUCCGGAACAUUUUAAUCAAGAUAAUCUAGCUGCUUAAUUUUGAAUAAAUUAACUAAAAAUGUUAUUGCUUGUACUUUUAUGUUAUUUAAAAAAUUGUCACUUUGCA